AUAGAAGUGAUACAUCAGAGAUCCUGCAUGAGACUAUUCCACUCAUUAAAGGCAAAGUGAUGGAGAUGAACCACAUCUUUGCAAAAGUUGAUAAAUUGGAGGCAUUUGUUAAAAUGGUUGCACACCAUGUUUUCUUCUUAGAAGAGCAAGUGCAUGAAGCAGAGAAGAGCCAUGGCCCCUUUCUUGAUACU